AUGCCUCUUCCUUGUCCUCAUUUAAAUAUCAUCUCUACCAAUUCCUUCUCACAAUGAAAUAAAUAUUGCGAAACAGAUUUCGACUGAGGUGAAUGGUUGUUAA